AUGAUCUUCCAGAGGCCCUCACGGCUGAUGGUGUCAAAAGCCAUUAUCAGGUCGAACAAAGGAGAGACUGCCACCAUACUGGACAGACUCUCCUUCCUACUGCUGCUGGCAGCAUACGCAUAUGGGUGUGGUACUCCCACCUACGAGCCCACCACCAACAGGAUUGUGAAUGGAGAGGAUGCCCGCACACAUAGCUGGCAAUAUCAGAUUUCAAUGCCAAUGAAGCAUGGCAGCCGUUGGCAUCACACCUGUGGGGGCACUCUGAUUGGCUCUUGCUGGGUCCUGACUGCUAGACACUGCAUAUGGCCUGGAGAUGUGUACCGUGUGGUGAUGGGAGAACAUGACCAGAGCGUACAGGAGGGAAUUGAGCAGAUCAGAGACGUGCUGCGCAUCCUGGUUCACCCUGACUGGGACAUUGACAUGGUCACCGCUGCCCAUGGUCCCAUGACUGAUAAGCUGCAGCAGGCCUGCUACUCUUGUGUCUGCAACGAGGUGAAGAAACCAACCGUCUUCACCCACAUCUCAGGAGGUAUAGCAGACUUUAGUGCCUACAUCUGUGGUGAGGAGCAUUGUGGAGGGGGAAAAGAUAAUGUGAACCUGGUGGUCACAUGA